AAGAAACAUAGCGCAGCAUAGAAGCCUGUAUCGGAACAACCUGUUGGUGAAACCGGAGCGGCUCGGGAAGGUAGGAAAGGUGCGCAGUUUAGAACGAGUGGCCAGCCAGGGACAGUGGCGACAGUACGAGGAGGACAAAAGAAAGGGCGGCGAGAAGAAAAAAAAAAGGAGAGAGAGAAAGCCCUUCCCCGUCCCCUCCUCGCGGUCUGCCCACGGACCACGUUUGGUCCGAAACGUAAACAAAAUCUACUCUGGCCUCAAAAAGCGAAGUGUCAUGAGGAGCCUUUGGUGGAGGCGCGGCGGAGGAGGAAGGGCGCCGCGAAGGGAAGGAAUCAGUGCGCGUUUGAUCGUGGCAAAUAUUGAGCCCAGGGUCAGCGAAAGUAUCGAAGGCGAGGAGAGCAGAUCCUUUUCUCGGUCGAUGGCGAAAGCGGAAGUUUACCUGCGAGCAAGCAAGUGAGUUGCACGAAUCGAAACGUACGCACACGCACCAAAGACCGAAACCAAACAACCGAACAAGGGGGAAAAACCCAUCCCAAAAAAAAAAAAACGCGAGAACGUUGUAAGAAAGACAAAGCAGUCGACAAAAGUUGUGGUGGCGUUUGGCUUUCGUUUGCCGCAGCCAACAAGUUGUUUCGCAACAAACAAAAAAAAACAAACAAGUGGUGGAAGAAAACGAAAGUGCGCAAAUAUGGCGAUCGCAUUUUACAUUCCCGUGCUGGACGAUGAGGCGGAAAACCAGCGCCUCCUGCAGCAGCAACAGAUGGUGCUGCAGCAGCAGAUCCUGCUCCAGCAGCAGUACCAUCUUCAGGCUCAGCUGCUCCAGCUCCAGCAGAGCCUUGGCCAGCAGCAGCAGCAGCCGCAACAAUCAGCAGAAGUGUCAUCAGCGGCAUCGUCGUCGUCGUCCUCGUCAGUGGCCGCUCCGUCGCCGGCUGCCCCCGAAGUGACUUUGCCAGCGGAAGCGGUUCCGUCACCAUCCACACCGACCAACGUCGCCGCUGCCGGCAGCUCGACCCCAUCAACCUCCGCACCAUCAGCAGCAGCCACGGCCAGCCCGCAACCACCAACAACAACCAACAACAACACCGCCGCCGCACCCCCCAGCACCCUGCACAGCAACCAUCGUUCGCAGCUGUUGCGGCUGGCACUCUACGAGAUCCUGUUCCGUCACGUCAUGGACACGACUCCUGGCCGCAGCCGUUGUAAGCUCUGCAGCAAGCUGUGCUACCUGCUGCGUAAGGUGUGCUAAGCUCCCCAUCCGCCAUCAUCACCAACGCAUUUUACCACAACAACUACUACUACUGGAAAACGGACCCGCACGCUGUCCCGCCGGAAAACCCAACCACAGGAAAAAAAAAAAACCAUCUCGCACACCCAGGAAGGAAGGAAGAAAUUAGCGAAUAGGGAAACAUACAAGUGCUGGUACCUAUCGUUUGCCACCGUCUCUUGCCCGAUAAGCAGAUUCCGAGACAUCUGGCUAUCCGGCCCGGAAAAAAACAAGUAAAACACACAUCGCUGCCACGGGGAACAUCACCGAAAAACAUUCGUCGUGGGAAAGUGUGGACGGCGACGGCACCCGGAGAAGCGAGAGAACGGCGCGCUGCGUUAAGAACCCUGGAACCCAAACGAAACGAAACGGAAACGGAAUGCAUGGGCAGGAAGCGAAUUUCCCAGCGCCGGGAAAUUCUUUUUUUUGUUUUUCUUUUUUUGGUUUUGAAACAAAAACAACACCUACGCCAAACUGCCGGCGGCGUGGCGUGUAGCGGCUGUGAUCCACUCUUCAACGCCAGUGGCGCUCUUCUCAAGCGUGUGUGUGUGUGUGUGCGUGCGGAAUGUUCAUGUCCCAAGGACAACACCCCGCACAACUAUUCGCAAUCGAACAACAAUUAGAACGGAUUUCCUACGAUACAACUUCAACAACAAAACACAAAAAAAAACAAAACGACGACCAGCGAGAUUUGGACGACGGAGGAAACACGGCGGGACAGGAGGACGGGAGACACACGCCAUAGUCUUAAGGAGCCAUUCGUGUGCAGGGAACUCGACUUCGAUAUAGGUAUCUCGAUAUAUAUUUUUUUUUGCAAGCUAAAAAAUCGAUGCAAUCUCGUGUGUGCGGUUUUUUUUUUAAAUUCUUUAUCAUAAUGCUUUAUUUUUUCUACUUUCUACCAUUAUAUAAUCUCCAUUUCAUAGUAAGCUAAAAGGAAUUCGAUUUUUUGCUAUAAGAAAUUUUCAUUUUUUCGCGACGCGAAACCCGCUAAAACAACGUACACUUCCCUUUUUGCAGGAAGAAAGGAAAAAAAAACAAAUGGAUGCGUGCGAGCGCAAAACCGUCAAAGAUUUACUUUUUAGUUUGUUUUUUUUCUUAUUUUGAUUUGUUCGUGCAUUUGUUUCCAGCACAGGUGGAAAGAUAGAUAAAGAGAGAAGGGAAAGAGUGCGAGUUCGAAAGCGUUAGGCUAAUGUAAAAGGAAUAAGGAUUUGAGCGAACAACCCCCUGGCUGCGACGAAUGAUUAGCAGUUAUUGCACGUAGAGCGUCGUAGGAAACCGAACGAACAGGUUUUUCACGAGCAUAUUAAAAAGCAUAACACUAAACACUGAUCGAACAAAGCGCGAAACAAGUGAUGGGACGCGCGAACAUCCCCCUUUUUUUAAAAAAAAAAUACACACCAUUAUCGAAACUAACUAAAACACAUUAAAGGAAUAGAACCGUGAAGGAAGAAAAUUUAACGGAAGAAAGCUACAAACUGAUAAAACAUAGUUCAACUAGCAUGUAAGCAUUAUGGCUGUAGGGGUUUACCUUCAUGUUGUGUUAUACAUUUCUUCGAUACAUUGGAUUCGGGGCCGGGCGAAGAUGGC